ACAGACCCUGGCUGGGAGUGGUGUGGGAACCAGAGCCCUYGUGCGCUGAGGACCCGGUGCUCGGCCACGCAGUCUAGGAAGCCGGGUCCGCCCCGGGCUUAUUCGCUGUCUCGCUUUGCAGUUCGGAGCCUCGCCCCAGUGGCUGGAGUUGUUCCUCAGACUGAGGAGAAGGUGGGCGCCGGAACGUGACCGUGGCGCAUAUUUUAGAAAGAAAAGAUAAAAUUUGAAAUAAAUCUAUAUUCAUGAAGUGUGACUCCAUACAAACUACAAAAUGUCAAGAAGGAAAAAAAGAUCCAAUAGAAAUGUUUCAUUCUGGGCAGCUGGUGAAAAUCUGUGCCCCAAUGGUUCGAUAUUCAAAGUUGGCUUUUAGAACACUAGUAAGAAAAUACUGUUGUGAUCUGUGUUAUACACCAAUGAUAGUUGCUGCUGAUUUUGUCAGAUCUAUAAAAGCCAGAGACAGUGAAUUUACCACAAACCAAGGUGAUUGCCCAUUGAUUGUUCAGUUUGCUGCCAAUGAUGCAAGACUUUUAUCUGAUGCUGCUCGCAUAGUCUGUCCUUAUGCGAAUGGAAUAGACAUUAACUGUGGUUGCCCUCAGAGGUGGGCAAUGGCAGAAGGUUAUGGAGCUUGCUUAAUAAAUAAGCCAGAGCUUGUUCGAGAUAUGGUGAAGCAAGUAAGAAAUCAAGUGGAAAACCCCAAAUUUUCAGUUUCUAUUAAAAUAAGGAUCCAUGAUGACCUUACCAGAACCGUAGAUCUUUGUCGAAAGGCUGAAGCAACUGGAGUUUCCUGGAUUACAGUCCAUGGAAGAACUGUUGAAGAAAGACACCAGCCAGUCCACUAUGAUGCCAUUAAAAUAAUAAAGGAAAAUAUGUCUAUACCUGUAAUUGCUAAUGGAGAUAUCAGGAGUUUAAAAGAGGCUGAAAAUGUGUGGCAGAUUACUGGGACAGAUGGUGUGAUGGUUGCAAGAGGACUCUUAGCAAACCCAGCCAUGUUUGCUGGAUAUGAGGAAACCCCAUUGAAAUGCAUCUGGGACUGGGUUGACAUCGCUCUUGAACUUGGAACUCCUUACAUGUGUUUCCAUCAACAUUUAAUGUACAUGAUGGAAAAGAUAACUUCAAAGCAGGAAAGAAGAGUAUUUAAUGCACUGUCAAGCGCAUCAGCAGUCUUAGAUUACCUUACAGAGCAUUAUGGCAUUUGACUGGACUUCCUAAAUUAUAUUAAUAUAUACUCUGUUUUAUACUUUAUAAAAUAUAAGGUUGCAUCUUUGUUUUUACUUUAAAUCAGUGGCUCUAGGUCCAAACGCAGGCAAACUGUUCAGAAUCUUGUUAUGGUUGGGGGAGGAGGGUUUCUCUAAAGGAAAUGUUUUUAACAUUUUUAAAUAAAAACUUUUUAUUUUAAUACUAACAAGGUAUGACAUAUAAUAUCUGUACCUUAACAAGAAGUACAUUUUUGAUAAAAGUAAGUGCAGAGUUCUGGUAGAAUAAAAGCUAAAAUCAUAUAAAAUGAACAAGAAACUCUUAAAUAGAAUUAUUCUCAGGACUUAACAUUAAAAUUUAAAAUUGGAAUGUCAAACUGGUACACUUUCUAGUUGAAUUUUACACCUCAWGAUAUUUGUUUUAAAUUGUACGUAACAAAAAAUUAUUAGAUAUGUUAUCUGGAAUUUAGAACUAAGAUUGCAUGGAAUUCUAAUUUUUUAUUUUUAGUUAUACAUGACAGUAGAAUGUAUUUUGAUAUACAUAUGUGGCAUACAACUUCUGUUCUUCUGGUUGUAUAUGAUAUGGAAUUAAAUUGAU